CUCUGCUCUGUCGCUCCCGCGGCGCGAGGCGCUCUCGCUCUCCUCCUCCGCCCCUCCCCCUGCGCAGCCGCCGCCGCCGCCGCCGCCGUCCCGAGACCCCAGCGCACGGCGCGCCCUCCCUCGUGCGCCCCUCCGGCCCCCGCGGAGAACGAGAGGGCAAGCGAGCACGGCGAUCCCGGGCCGGCUCGGCCCCCCUGUCUUCACCAUCGCCUGCCCUCCGCCGCCUUCCUUCGCUUCCACCUCCACUCCCCCCCCCACAAGUAGAGGCCCCCUCCGGGGGGGGGAGGCCCGGGGCCCGGAGCGGAUUCCCCCAACUCCCUUAGGCCCCCCCCCGCCCGGCCCGAGGGUGGGGAGGGCCCGGGCCGGCCCGCGUCGUGAGUGAGGAGGACCCCGGGCGGGCCCGCGGGCCGUCUGGGGCCUGGUCCGGCCCCGCCAGGCGUGUGAGGACAGGGGCCCGGCCCGGCCCGAGGGCGAGCGGAGGGGAGGGGCCUGGUCCGGCCCGGCCGGUGCGCGAGGACUGGGGCCGCGGCCCCGCACGGCCGCCGCCGCGAUGGCCCAGCAGCAGAUGACCAGCUCGCAAAAAGCCCUGAUGCUUGAGCUGAAAUCCCUGCAGGAGGAACCGGUGGAGGGCUUCCGGAUCACCCUGGUGGAUGAGUCCGACCUCUACAACUGGGAGGUGGCCAUCUUCGGACCCCCUAACACCCUCUACGAAGGCGGCUACUUCAAGAGUCUACAAACAACCAUAAAAGAUGAUAAAAGCCUCAAGAGUGCCACUUAAAGCUGAGGAUAUGUAUCUCAACUGGACUUAAAGACCAAGCAGUCUACGUUUUAUUGACCCUUUGAAUUUUAUUGUCUGUGCUCUGUUCAGAAUUAAAAGAUUCACAGAGAAGUGUAAAGAAUGUUUGUUGGAGUCACAAUU